ACAGGUAGUAGGAACCGCGGACAAUGUCAGGGUUCGAAGCUGAAUAAUACCUAGUGCUGUGGGCAGAAAAGGUACGUUGCAGCACACCCUGCAACACACCCUGGUCAAGAGGAUCACAUUGUCCUAGUAAGACCAAUGGAAGCAGUAGGCUGUAACCUCCGAGUCAGUGUGUUUAGGCUAGGAUUUGUUUGUUAUCUAAAGAGAAAAAGCAGAUCGUCCCUGCCUAGUGAUGUAUUUCAGAGUUGCAGUGUGAGGCCGCAGGAUCUGGGAAACUACAGAACCUUGCCUGGCCACCAUCUUCUUAAAAGUAGAGAGUCCAUAGCUUUUCAGUUUUCACUUUUCUAUCUGUAUUUUAUGAAGCUGAAUACAAACAUGCCAAUCUUUAGGAGUUGUGAGACAACUUAUUGUGGAUCUUUUAAGCUGCUGUCUCUUUGGGAAUGAUGUGGCAGAACAAGAUUGGGUCAAUAAUUUGGUCUGACAGUUUCAAAGCAUGGGUAUUAAUCACAGUAAAGAAUGCAUCAAUUUCUAAGCAGCGAGGUUUAGGUGCUCAUUAAUGAGUGAAGAACCAAAAGGUUGGGACUGUGGCCAAGAAGCAAUGGAGAAUAAAAGUUUGGAAACUUCCCCGUCAGACCUAAAGUUAGUGGCCCACCCAAGAGCAAAGAGCAAAGUGUGGAAGUACUUUGGCUUUGAUACCAAUGCGGAAGGAUGUAUAAUGCAGUGGAAGAAAAUCUACUGCCGCAUUUGCAUGGCACAGAUAGCCUAUUCGGGAAACACGUCCAACCUCUCUUACCACCUUGAAAAGAAUCAUCCAGACGAGUUUUGCGAGUUUGUGAAAAGCAACACUGAGCAAAUGAGGGAGGCCUUUGCCACGGCGUUUUCAAAACUGAAGCCAGAAUCGUCUCAGCAGGCUGUUCAGGACACCUUAAUUAUGAAGGCAGGUCACAGUUACGAGAAUAAAAAGCACCAAGAGCUAACAUUGGCAGUGAUUAGCUUAAUAUGUGAAGGGUUAUAUCCUCCUUCCAUUGUAGAUGAGCCAACCUUCAAGAAUCUUUUAAGAACGGCCGACCCCAGAUAUGAACUUCCUUGUAGAAAGUAUUUCUGCACAAAAGCAAUUCCUGAAAAAUAUAUGGCUGUCAGGGAUGUUGUGCUAAAAGAGCUGACUGAUAUCCCGUGGUGCGGCAUAUCCUCUGACAUGUGGAGAAGCGGGAACCAGAACAGAUCCUACGUAACGCUGUCAGUUCAUUUUCUCAGUAGCGGCGCUUCCAGCUGCCUGGCUGUUAAUUCCCGGUGUUUAAAAACAUUUGAAGUGCCCGAGGAAAACACCGCAGAGACAAUUACGCGAGUACUUUAUGAGAUAUUCAUUGAAUGGGGAAUCAAUACAAAAGUUUUUGGUGCUACAACAGAUUAUGGGAAAGACAUUGUGAAAGCUUGCUCUCUUCUCGACAUUCCAGUGCACAUGCCUUGCUUAGGGCAAACUUUUAAUGCAGGCAUACAGCGAGCUUUUCAGCUUCCGAAGCUGUGUGCUUUCCUGUCGAGGUGUCGGAAGCUGGUGGAAUAUUUUCAGCAGUCUUCAGUAGCCAUGUGCAUGUUGAGCGAGAAGCAGAAGCAGCAGAACACUCCGCCCUGCAUGCUUGUGAGCGAUCGUGUUUCCUGGUGGGGAAGCACUCUUGCCAUGCUGCAGCGACUCAAGGAGCAGCAGUUCGUCAUUGCCGCAGUUCUUGUGGAGGACAGCAAUAAUCACCACCUGAUGCUGGAAGCCAAUGAGUGGAAUACAAUUGAAGGCUUGGUGGACUUGCUCCAGCCGUUCAAGCAGGUUGCCGAAAUGAUGUCUGCUUCCAAAUACCCAACAAUAAGUAUGGUGAAACCUCUCCUUCACAUGCUCCUGAACACAACACUAAACAUCAAAGAAAAUGACUUGAAAGAAAUCAGUAUGGCAAAGGAAGUGAUAGCCAAAGAAUUGUCCACAACAUACCAGCAUGCGCCCGAUAUAGACAUGUUUCUCAACGUUGCAACUUUCCUGGACCCCAGGUACAAGAAACUUCCAUUUCUUUCAGCAUUUGAGAGACAGCAGGUUGAAAACAGAGUAGUAGAGGACGCAAAAAGUCUCCUAGAGGAAGAAAAGGAGAACACAUUGAGGCCUGAAGAAAAGUUUUUUGCAUUGUCUGAAGAGCCACCAGUGAAAAAAAUGGCAAUUUCCUCUAUCCCUCCUCCUACUAGUGCCAUCAAUAACAUGCUUGCAGAGAUAUUUUGCCAGACAGGGGGUGCUGAAGACCAAGAGGAGUGGCAUGCUCAGAUUAUUGAGGAGCUGAGUAAUUUCAAAUCCCAGAAAGUUCUUGGACUAAAUGAAGAUCCUCUCAAGUGGUGGUCUGACAGGCUAGCUUUAUUUCCUGUUUUGCCAAAGGUACUUCAGAAAUACUGGUGUAUUGUGGCCACAAGGGUUUUCCCUGAACGUCUCUUUGGUUCCUCUGCAAACAUUGUUAGUGCUAAGAGAAAUCGGUUAGCCCCGGCUCAUGUAGAUGAACAAAUCUUUUUGUAUGAGAACUCUCGCAAUGGGUCAGAAGCUGAGCCAGAGGAAGAAGAUGAAGGUGAAUGGGGCUUGGAUCAGGAGCACAUCACUAGUCUAAGUGACACCACAAAUGUAAACAGCAGUUUCUUUAAUAUGCGAGACAGUGGCUUCAUGUAGAAGGAACACUUAAUGCUACAUUUUCAGAGAAAAGGGUGUUUGUUUUAAGCUGCCAUUACCAAAAAAUAGUUUCACAAGAAGAUAGUGUUGUAAAUACCAAAUGCUUGUAACAUAGCUUUGUUUUAUGUGUGUGUGUUGUCUUAAAUCUUGAGUGCAACAUGUGACUCCAAAACACAGAAGUAGGCUUGAGUUAUUGAAUUCAAAUCCAUAUUCAGGCAAAACUUUUAAACAUGUUAAAUGU